AUGCGUUUGAGUUAUAAUUUUAUACGUGGAUUAUUAUUAUUAAAAAUGGGAGCACAUUUAAGUAGUCCAAAGACAGAAAAAGUAUCAACAAGUGGUGGUAACUUUAAACUUGAUUCUACAGUUUUUGGUGCAACUUCUAUGCAAGGUUGGAGAAUAUCAAUGGAAGAUGCACAUCUUACUAUACCUUCUUAUAUUAAUAAUACAGACUACUUAACUACUAUGGUAGCAAGCACCGUAACGGAAAUUAAUAUGAAUAUAGAUGAAUUACCAAUAUCAAUAGGAAGUAUUUAUGGUGUAUUUGAUGGUCAUGGAGGAAAUUGUGUAAGUCGUUGGGUAUCGGAGAAUUUUUCGAAUGUGUUUACAAAAGAGUUUCGUGAUGUACGUAGACGUUAUUUGGAUGGUACUUUAGUACCUAAACAUGAUUCCGAUUCUUGUAUAGAAUCAAAAUUAGUUGCAGAAGCUUUACAAAAUAGUUUCCUCAAAGUUGAUCAACAUUUAGCAACACCUGAAGUUGAUACACAAUUACAACUCAUUUCUAAUCGGAAAAAUGAUGAUCUCGAUUCUAAUAAUCUUUUCAAAGUCUUAUUACCAGAUAAACUUAAUAAUCGACAACAUGCUAUUGAUAUUAUACAACAAUUAACUUCAUUCGAUACACAUUCUUAUGAUAAUAAACAGAAUGAUGAAUUGAAUAAAUAUGAUAGUAUACCGUAUUAUAAAGAUGAAGAUGUAGAUGAAGAUAUAAUAAAUAAUGAAUUAGGAAUAAAUACUAAAAAUUUAGAUAACUUUGAAGGUUCUAUAGGUGGUACUGCUUCUACCGUUACGGUGUCUAGUACUACUACUACCGAUACUACCGUUGAAUCAGGUACCAUUAUGGAAGAUACUACUACUCCCUCUACUACUACUACUACUACUCCUAAUACUGUAGUGGGUACUACUGAUAAAGAUAUGAAUAAUAUAACAAUAAAUUUAUUACAAAAAGAAAAGGAAGAUUUAUAUGCGAUGGGCUGUGGUGCGACAUCAGUAGUAGUGGUGGUAUUAGAAGAUCCAUAUCCAUGUGUAAUAGUAGCGAAUGCAGGUGAUUCACGUUGUGUAUUAUCAAGAAAUAAGUUGGCAGUACCAUUAUCAAUAGAUCAUAAACCAACAGAUGAAUUAGAGUUGUGUAGAAUACGUAGAGCAGGAGGUAAUGUAAUUAAUGGUCGUGUAGACGGAAAUUUAAACCUAUCACGUAGUUUAGGUGAUUUAUCCUUUAAAAUGGAUCAAAGUUUAGAUCAGAGGGAACAGAAAAUCAUCUCAUUUCCUGAUGUACAAAUUAUUAAACUCACACGUGAUGAUGAGUUUCUUGUACUCGCAUGUGAUGGGAUCUGGGAUUGUAAAUCCAAUCAACAAGUUGUCGAUUUCAUACAUACCAAAUUACAAUAUUAUCUUAAAUUAUAUGAUAAACAUGAUCAUACCAUUAAACAUUUUAAACGUAAUGAUUUAAAUAAACAUGAGAAGAGUGCUAGUAGUGGUAGUGGUGGUGAUAAGGGUGUUGGUGAGAAGAGUACUAGUGGUAUUGGUAUGGUUAGUGAUGUUAGUAGUAGUAUUGAGGGAUUAGGUACUGGAAAGGGAGCUGUAGGAUCAGUACUGUCUGGUGUACCAAGCACCGUAACGGAGGAACUUGAAAAGAAUGAAAUAAUUGAUAGAAUGGGAUCUAAUGAAAAAAAGAGAGAAAUCUUGGAGAAAAUAUGUGAAGAAUUAUGUGAUUUAUGUCUAAGUAAUAACCCAAGUGAAUCUGAAGGAAUCGGUUGUGAUAACAUGACUGUUAUUAUUGUACUCUUUAAUCAACAAUUGUAUAAUAAAAUACAUUAA